UGUUAUACUUCAUUGGAAAAUUUUUAUAAUACAUAUUGAUAGGCCUCGUAUAUAUCUUUUAUCGUAGAUGUCACACUCUGUACAUCAUUAGACAGUAAAAUAUAAUUUUCGCCCUUUCGCAUCAACAGUGUAGUUAUCAAUCACAAAUUUUAGGUCAUGCGUUGAUCAAACGUCAAACCCCAAUAUUCAUUUUUAAUUAAUUUUAUAUAUCUUUGAAAUUUUUGUAUUUAAAAUAUCCAAGUAUUCGAAUCCGGAAUGUCCGAUCAAUUAUUUUUGUGGGAAUUUCUGAUAUCAAAGAUCAAAUUCGAUCCGGGUGCGGUCAGUGUGCCUUCUUACGAUAGCAUCAGGCUGAUGUUUCUUUGUUCGGACAUCUUGGGAACCGAAAUACUUACUGAUGAGUGCCCAGUCGAUGAUAUUAACCCUGAUGCUAAGCCCAAUAAUGGAGAAUUUAACGUAAAAAUCGGUAAAACCUCCCUGUUUACCAUCAACCCAGACGAAUUAAAGGAAGAACUACAAAAAAAAUCACUGACAAUAGAUCUGUACCUAUCAUCGAAAAAGGUAGGCUCGGCUUCCUUCAAAUGGCCAUCCGUAUUUCCAGAUUUCGUAAAGAACUCAGCGUCUGGAUCGAAACCAGCCAGCAUCGUUCAUAUGGGGUCUUUUGAUUUCGUCGAUUCUGGCGGUAAAAAGAUAGCCAACAUUAACAUGGGUAUCAAGUUAGGGUACUUGGGUGAAAACGUCGAAACUGCUUUUAGUUUGAAGUUUAAGGAUGCGAUUUUUGUCAAUCCCAAGACUAACACUAAAUUCAAAAGCGAAAAGCCUGUAACUAUAGACGUCGUUCCCAGUAGCCUACCAAUGCAAAGUGAUUCCAAGAUAUCAUGGAUCGGUCUAUUCGAACGGAAGAUGGCAGCCGAAGCAGUGAGCAUAGCGCCCUUUAAUAUCGAAGAAAUGGAAAUGAAAUUUAAAGGAGGGAAAGCGGCCGAUGCAACUAGUCGUGUGAGUCAUAAUUGGGAUGUGGUUUCCAUAAAAUUUCGACCUGACGACAACAGAUUUAUGGACAUAAUGAAUUUGAUGGCCGACGAAGCUGCACUGGAACCGAGCAAAGCUAGAAAAGAAACUAAGUUCGCUGAUACCGUCGAUGUACAUGAAUUCGAAGAGGCGGACAAUGAAUUAACUUCGGAAAAAAUUAUGAAAAAAAUAUGCAAUAAUCCUGCAUGUCCUGCGGCAAAGAAAUUCAAGGAAUAUGGACUAGGUCCUUUGGCUACUGGUCCAGGUCUUGGCACUAUGUACAAGAAGGUUCAACCGACGAAAACAUACCGACUGAGUAAUACCUAUGGAGUGUUCACCAGAUACGGCCCAUUUGGCGUUUUUGAAAAAUCGGAAUUUCCAUUCUUUCCACCGAAAGAAGACACAACUGAAGUUUGUCCAAUCGACUUCCCUUGUUUGCCCGAUGAAGAUGAAGAGGUUUGCUCUUGCUAUUCGGAUCAAGAACCGUCUGUACAGGAGAGUAAAUGCUCAUGCGGUGUCAGAUAUUGUAGAUUGAGAGGUGGGGAGGAGAAGAAAAUAAAGGAGAAAUGUUGUUGUUUUAAACAUAGAAAUCAUCAAAAUAAGGACGUUCCUCUGAGGUUAAGAGGAGGAGGCAUCGCAGAAGAAGAUGGCAUUGAAUCUGUAAGCGAAUUCACUGUUUGCACAAUCUGCGAUUUUGACAACAAUGAUACAACAUGGCCGACAUCUUAUGAUUAUGAUAAUAAUAAUUCAGUCUGGCCGACAUCUUGCGAAUAUGAUCAAUAUUCUGCUCGUUUAAGAGGAGGCGGUAAGAAAGAUGACAAGAAGAAGGAUGAAGAGGAAAAACCGAAUGCAAUGAAGUCACCGAUGGAAGAAUGCAAGCCGGUGAUGGACCAAUUUAACCAAAUUUUGGCCGAAUACAAAAAGGCUUUAGGUCCUUGCGGCGAAGCCAGUUGUCCUUUUUCUCAAAAUAUUUGCGGAGAAUACUGUAAGAAGAUUUGUCACGCGAAAGAAGAGCCGUGUCCUUGCAUGAGGAAGGACAGUUGCCAAGAAAUGCCUUGCGAUAUUGACCAGUGUCCCUUCAAGAACAAACAAGAUAAGAAAAUAAAAGGAUCUUGCGGAAGUCCUCAUUGUCCUUAUGCUCAAUAUAAAUUGGGACUGGUAACCGACGAUGCUGAAUUAGAACUCGCCUAUCUCCCCCCCGCGGUAAUGGGCAAAUGCGGGGACCCGAAAUGCGACUACCCACCGCAAUUUUUAACUCUACCUCCCAUCCAUUGGGAUUGUCCCGACCCCUUACCGCAAGGUUGUUGCAAAAACCCCAAUUGUCCUCAUCAACCAAAAGGUUUGCUUGAAUUGAAAGUGCCAGUUCCGCAGGCGCCUUGCGGCAGUGCUUCUUGUCCAUACGCUUUACCGCCAGCCUGCGAUAUGCCUAGUUGUCCGUUUAGAGAGAAACCUUGCCCCUUUAAAGCUCAAAAGAAAGCAGGGGUGGCCAAGCCAAGUUGUGAGUCUGAUUCAGACGAAUCUGACGACGAUGGUGCGUGCUGUAAUCCUGAGUGUCCUUACAGCAGCAAGAAAAAUGGCGGAAACAAAAGGUUGCGCGCAGGAUCAGAAGCAGGAUCGGCUAAAUGCACUAACCCUUGCUGCCCUUCCAAGAAGAAAAAUCCAGCUUGUUGUUGCAAUCAGGAAUCCGAUACUGAAGAAAGCUUUUGCGAUAGCCCGGAAUGCCCAUUGAAUCGUGACAAAAACAAAGGUACAGGGUGUUUCCCACCUCAACCACCGAAAUCGGAUGUGUGCGAAAAUCCUGAGUGUCCUUCCAGAAUUUACAAACGACACAAAAAAGAUGAUGACGGCGAGAUUUGUGACAACGAUGACUGUCCGUACAGAAAAGGAAUGGGAAAUAGAGACGAUGAUGAUGUAUGCGGCAAUCCAUACUGUCCUUACAAUGAUCCACCGCCGAAGAAAAAUGCUUGCUCAAACCCUAAGUGUCCUUUUAGUGGCAGCGGCCAUGCUGAAGAAUCUGACGACGCGAGUAUUUGUUCCAGUCCGGAUUGUCCUUUUGCGCAGAGCAGAAAGAAGAAAAAGACCGACGAUGUGUGCGGGAAUCCAAAUUGUCCGUACAAACCUAAAAAACCGAAGGCAAGCGGUGAAGUUUGUAAUGAUUGCACCGACUUACUCUGCAACAACCCCGAUUGUCCCAACUACAGUCCACCUGCAAUAUCGUCAGGUCCCGAUUAUUGCGACAAUCCCAUGUGUCCUUUCUCGAAGGAGUACCAAACGUCAGUUUGCGUCGAUCCGUUUUGUCCUUACGCCCAACCAUUACCCUCUUGCGGCAUUCCCAACUGCCCUUACGAGAAGAAACCCAUUAUGUUCUGUCCCAGUCCGAUUUGCCCAUCGAAAUUCGCUACUGCCGUUCCCACCGAAACGUCUGGACCCGCUUCUUCUGGACCUACCUCGGGCGGGGAGAAGAAGUCAACACGAAGAAGGUCUUCAGAAGAACAAAAAAAGAAAGUGGACGGUGCAGGAGACAACGCUGGUCAAAAGCAGAUUAUAACGGCAACUACUGCGACUACAGGUACCGAAGCGAAAGAAAUUAAGAGGAAGAGUCCUUACGUGUACUCGUUCGGCGAUAAGUGGCCAGGCGUUAAAAUAGGUCAUAGGGAAUGUAACCCACCCAGAUUCAGGAUACCCCAGAAGAUGGGGUGGAUGUGGAAAAUACAGCAACCGUAUUUUGGUUGUAAGAUGAGACGAGGUUGGCGGCCGGGUUGCAUCGAAAAAUCAGUAGCCCAAAUGAUCAAAGCCUUCAGAGAAGCCAAAGGUUUGGGAUUGCUGAACAUACCCGAUUUCGGAACGGGUAAAAAAGGAAGAGGAGGAGGCGGUACCGAAACCUCGAGCUGUCACGUACGGCCUAAACCGACGUUGCACAUCACCAAGAAAGAUGGUGUGUACAAUAUCAUUAUGAAUCCUUUGAAGGAUCCGAAGACCCUAGCUGAGACUGAGGAUCCGUAUAUGGAGUGCACGCCCAUGCAGUUUAAGAUAACUAAAAACAAACUUAAAGCUGGUGAUGACGAUUUCUGUCACUGCAACGAUCCGCCAGAAGACGACAGCGACGACAGCGAGCUGGAUAUCGAGUUUACCCCUCCGGCUGGUAUCAUCCAUCCGGAGAGAUUCAAAAAGAAGAAGAACGUCAUUCACAUUGAGACGCAGUACAAUCCCGCCGAUUUCGCUGAAAAGAAGAAGGCUAGCAAAAAACCGCCGAAGAAGGGCGAUAAGAAGAGUAAGACGGGAAAAGAUAAAAAGAAGAAGAAGUCCAAGUACGUGGAUCCCGGAUAUUGCUGAUAAAUAAUGAAACGAGAACGUUUGUAUUGUUUGUUUUUUGAAUAGUUUGUUACGUUUUGAGAAUAAAUGAGGUUUUAUAAAUGGU